AUGCCCGCCAACUCUAGAAACCAGAACCUUCGGCGGAUCUCUGACUCCAAACCUUAUACGAAGAGAGUGCCAAGUAUCGCGCCGUCUAGCCCUGCAAUGUCCGAGUCUCAAGAAAGUGUUGUAUCACCCUUAAUAUCGUCCCAAGAAUUCACAAGCAAACCUGGAUUUCCUACAUAUCCUCAGUAUAAGCGCAUCGAGCUCACUUAUCUGUCUUGCCUUUCACCUCGCAAACGAGACAAAGCCCUCAUCACGCAAGUCAUGUUUGACAAAAUCUGGGACGUACUACAUCAACCUGAAGCUUGCGAUAUCGAGACGCCUCAAUUUCGUUUUUGGGUUCGCAAGAUGUUUACUUUGAGCAGGCCUCAAAGGAAACUCAGACAACCAGGGAGCACUGAGGACUCUGAAGAUUUACCUGCUGUGGUUCUUCAUGAAAACAGACCGGUCGCCGUUAUGGAACAACUUUACGAGGUUUUUUGUUAUUGCCAUGAGCGUGCCAAUCAUGGGGGACGCGAUAAAACUUGCGCCGUCAUUCGUCAGCACUAUUCCUGGGUUCCCAAGGAACUAACGGCCCAGUUCGUAAAGGCAUGCCCUACCUGUACACUCAAGCGCAGUGGCAACCCAGAUCUAGUUGCGAUGGUACAGGAACAAGUUCUUAAUCAAGAAGAGAACUCUAACAGACGUUUUCCUCCUGCUCCUACGGUCGAAGAUUCUUGCCAGUGGACUUCACAAAACAACUGGCCCCCCGGAGGUGGCCCCCUAGAUACCCCAAACAAGAUGAAUGAUUGCUCUAAAGAAUUGCUCUAUCCUGGUCUUCCAAGUCUGUCAUGUGUUCCUUCUCUGUCGGCGUUGUCUACGAGCUCGUAUGGCGGAUCUCAGGGCCUGCAAUCACAUCCUAUGUCCAGAGAGGUUUCUCUGUUCAACGGUAUACCUCAUGGAUGGACCCACCUUCCCCCUCCUCCUGCUGAAGGAACAUGCUAUGUGGUCAAUCACCCUAUGGUAGAUCCGAGCAAGAGACCUCGCGUCCCGAAUGUGGUUUAUACUCAUAAUAUAGGGAGAAACGACAGCACCGACGGCAGCGAUAUUUAUGGCGAUUCUCGAGAAGUCUCCCCAAAAUUACCGGCUCUUGCGCACGUUUUGACAGACAGAAAAUCAGACAAUCAUGUCGUUCUCAAUCAACCGCAACUAGGGAAUGCCAACGAUUCUCUUCCUUCUUCCCUUCAACACCUCCAAUUAUCGAACCCUGUCACAGCAGCCGUAGAAUAUGGACCAUACAUCGGCCAGAUAGAUCCCGCCUUGCUCAUACGCCAAGGGGCUGAAACAACAGGGAACACCAAGAACAAUACAGGUUCAAACCAUUACGUCGAUUCCUACGAAAGCGAACAUCAGGAGUGGGCAGACUUCGCGAUCAGCAAAUCCUCUAGCGUCGAGGUAUCACCCCAAACGCCCGUUAGGCUUAAACGUCGUUUGACCCGUACUGCUGCUCCUAGUUCGUUGAACCUCAAUAUCGUUACACGCGACGACCAUGAUUUUAGCAACUAUCGCAGCCAUGUAGUCCCGAGGAUAAACACCCCACCCUCUCCUAGCUCUGAGAUGACCUCAUCCAUAACCCCGUUUCCGGUUAAUUUGGGGAAAGUGACUAAUACAGCCGACAACCUGAAACUCGACGAUCAAGCGGGGGUUCAAAAUGUAGUGGACGCAGGUGAAACCUGA